CUACAGAGCGGUUGGGUCGGCAAGCUGUUGGUCCACCGUAUAGACCAAGAGCUUAGCUACGUCAAAGGAGAAGUUUCUCCAUCACAAGCUCUCAGUGGCAUACCCCGUGCUGCGUGGAUUUGUGCGAAAAUGAAUGGGGAGGUCAUCACGGCUGGCUGCACCUGUAUGGCUGGAGAAGGUAAAGUUUGUAGCCAUGUGGGAGCCAUAUUAUGGAAAAUUGACAUGGCGGUUUGUCAAGGGUUGACAACAAAGACAUGCACUGACCAAACGGCAGCCUGGAACGCAGGCACGAAGCGAAAUGUUCAACCCUCAGCUCUAGAAGACAUAGACUUUCAUAUGCAACGAGGAGCUGUGGACACCCAGGCUACGAGGCACCCAAGGCCAAUGUUUGUGCCACAGACAAAAGUGGAAAUACAGAAGCUGCAUGAGGAAUCACCAUAUCCUGACCUUUUCACUAUACCUGGCACACUCCUAUACGAGACGCUAAAUGCCGCUCCACGACCACACCGCCCUGCAGCAGAUGACGUGGUGAACAGAACGCAUGGCGACCACUCAUUGGACAAUUCUCCUAAUGGUUGUGUCUUGUGCAGUGAGUUCUACAGCAAAUAUGUUGCUUUGUCUGCUGCAGCUGCUGCUUCCCUCAGCUCACAAACUUCUGACCAGUGUUCACAGCUGUGGCUGUUUGCACGUAGAGUGCGACUAAGUGCAUCCAAUGUGGCCAAAGUGCCGAAAAGAGAAAGUACUGCAGGCGAAAAAGCUGCAACAAGAAUGCUGAACCCAGUGUUCUCGGGAAAUGCAGCUACGAAACAUGGGAAGCGAAUGGAGGCUGUGGCUCGUGUGCAAUUUUCCAAGAAAACUGGUUUCUCAGUCGCAAAAGUGGGUAGUUUUGUCUGCGAAGACACGCCAUGGCUUUCGGCUAGUCCAGACGGCAUGAUCGACAGCGAGAACGCCAUAUUAGAGAUUAAAUGCCCAUUUGUGAGCGAUAUCACAGAGCUAAUUGAACAUGGCAAGUACGAUGUCAGGAAGAGGCAGGAUGGGACAUUGGUCCUUGUAGAAAAUGGGCCAAAUGGCUAUUAUAGUCAGGUGCAAGUUCAGCUGCUGUGCACCAAAAAGGCACUCUGCUUUUUUUACGUAUGGAGUGCCGAGAAAGACGUUCUCAUUCAGGUACCUUUUAACCGUGACUAUAUUUCCAAAAAUAUGUCACGAUUAAAGAAAUUCUAUUUUACCGAAAUGCUUCCCCGCAUGACAGACAUGCUUAAUGAUGGCAAACUAGAUGUGCCCAUUCAGUACCUAAGAAUUUGUGGGAUUUGAACUGUGCAAAUAAAUGAAUCUUUGUGUGUCUUUUCAAUUCUGCACUGGUGUACUUGAACAAAGGUGUGGAACACUGGAAAUGUUUCAGCUGAUGCAGCCUAGAAGGUUUCAGUGCAUUU